AUGUCUAGGCCCGACGAGAUAAUUUUGGAGGCAGAGGUCAAACCUCUUGGCCAAACAACACCACGAAAAUCGAAGAAAGCGAAAAAGCAACGCCGCCAAUUGCAAGUAACAGAACCCAUACACACUCACGAGGAAUUAAAUACAGAUCAACCAGUCAUUCUUCCCCUCCAAUUAUUGGAAGAGCAGCUGCUGAUGACAUCCCCAAUUCGGAUCCUCGUCUGCUCAAUUGGCAAUCCAGCUCCAUACACGAACACCCUCCAUUCUGCAGGCCAUACCGUCCUGUCCGUUCUAGCGACCUCACUUGCCUACCCCUCCUUCCAACGGGACCGAUCAUAUGGAAAUGGCGUAGUCGCACAAGGUUCCGACCUUACAUUAUGGCAGUCCAAAUCUCUCAUGAACGUCUCUGGCGCAGGAGUAUCAGCAGCAUGGCGACAAUUCCAGAGAGAAUCGCGAGGGGAGGCCACGAAGUUGGUGGUCGUACACGAUGAACUGGAAUUACCGGUUGGCGAAGUGAAAGUCCGUGAUGGAGGCGCCAGUGCAAAGGGGCAUAAUGGUCUGAAGGACAUUGCGAAGUGCUUACCGGGUCAGAAAUACAAGAGAAUUGGGGUUGGAAUUGGGAGACCGGAGAGCAGAGAACCAAGUGUUGUCGCGGGAUAUGUGCUACGGAGAAUGAGCCCUGCGGAAAGAGCAAAGAUUGAAGGAGCUUGGUCGAAGGUUGAGGCAGAGUUAAGGAAAAUGCAGUGA